AUGGAUGAUGCCUUGAUCUUGCUCUCCUAUGUACUCCAUAUCGGCGAAGUCAUCGCCACGAUAUUGGGGCUGUCCCGCGGCUUGGGCCAAACACUGGAGCUGCUGUCGUCAUCUUCCAGAUCAUAUGUUUCCGACACCUUGUUCGCCAGCAUCAUUCUUUAUAUUCUGUCGGCCGUGCUGGCUAAGGUAUCGACAUUAUAUCUAAUGAUGCGCCUGUUCAAUCUGCACGGACGCAAGGCCCAGACGAACCACCACAAGAACCACCAGCUCUACAUCUACACCUGCUUCGCAAUUCUCGUCAUUAUGUUGACAUGGGGAGCGGCCUCGAUUGUGGCAGUCAGUGUCAAGUGCACGCCCUCCACAAUGGCUUUGCCGACCGAUGAGUCCCAGUGCACCUCCCAGUUCCUGCGCUGGCAAGUCAUCACCGGCUUCGAUGUCGCUACUGAGGUGUUGCUCGUCAUGGUGGCGAUGUUGAUCGUUGCACCGGUACAGCUCUCGCUCUACCUCAAGUUCCAGGUCGUCUGCGCAUUCGCUUUUCGAUUGCCGCUGGUGGCCUUGGCAGUGCUCCGCUUGCACUAUGUUGGGGUCGCUACCACAGCGGAGAACCCAGGAACAGCGCUGUCGCCGAUUCUGGUUUUGCAACAAGUCUAUCUCUGCUGGAGCAUCAUUUCUGCUACGCUGCCCAAUCUGAAGGCGUUCGUGCGUAGCUUUGGCUCGGGCUUCGGCAUUGGAAUAGACAUGGAGACUUACACAAACGCAUAUGGCAGCAAGCAAAGAUCUUACGAGAUGAAUAAGAUGAGCGGUACGCACAACAACGGAAGUUCCAACAGGAGCAUGGAUCAUGGAACUCAGACUGCGCACGAGGUAGAGGACAAGGAGUAUGUCAGGCCAGUCCGGACCGUCAGCAGUCAACAAGGUGGUUUGGUUCACGGGCAUCAGGUGCCAAGAAGCUCGCACGGAGAGCCGCAGCAACAUGACAAGCAAGGCGAGGUCGACAGCAUUGAAAGCACUAGCAGUGAUGCACAGAUCAUCCGCAAGCACAUUGACUGGACGGUCCGAUAUGAGGACGAGGGUUAUGCGACAGCUCCGAGAGCGAUCUGA